UACAACAUUUCAUUUCAAAGAAUUUAAAUAGCUCCUUUCUUUUCUACUUUCCUACUUGUAUACUCAAAACCAGUUCCUUGAUUCCUUAACAGUUAUGGCUCCUAGCUUGAGCAAAGGUGCCUCUGAAGUAAUGGGGGUUGAAGAUGAUCAAAAACCCUCGUCAAUCGCUCUUGAAGGGACACAGUUUCUAGCCAAUGGUCAUCCAAUUCUAACUGAAGUCCCUGCCAACAUUGUUGCCACACCAUCUCCAUUUUUCUCCAAAGACUUAACCAGAAAAAUGGUCGGCAGUUUUAUUGGCUUUGAUGCUAUAGAACCAAAAAGCCGCCAUGUAGUCCCUCUUGGUAAGCUCAAGAACAUAAGAUUCAUGAGCAUAUUUAGAUUUAAAGUCUGGUGGACCACUCAAUGGGUUGGAAAUUCUAGUAAGGAUGUCGAACAUGAGACACAAAUGAUGAUUCUUGAUAAAUCAGACAAUGGCCGCCCCUAUGUUCUUCUCCUUCCAAUUCUUGAAGGACCGUUUAGAGCUUCAUUGCAGCCUGGCAUGGAGGAUUACUUGGAUAUUUGCUUGGAGAGUGGAUCAAGCAAAGUUUGCAGAUCGCGUUUUUGCAGUAGUCUGUACAUGCACGUUGGAGACGAUCCAUUUCAGCUAGUGAAGGAGGCAAUGAAGGUGAUCAAGGUCCAUCUAGGGACCUUUAAGCUUCUUGAGGAGAAGCGUCCACCAGAUAUAGUUGAUAAAUUUGGUUGGUGCACAUGGGAUGCCUUUUAUCUUAAGGUAACCCCAAAAGGGGUUUGGGAAGGGGUAAAAUCCCUAGUGGAGGGUGGGUGCCCUCCAGGAAUGGUCCUAAUAGAUGAUGGAUGGCAAUCCAUUUGUCAUGAUGAUGAUGAUGUUAAUGACCAAAAAGGCAUGAAUAGGACUUCAGCUGGUGAACAAAUGCCUUGUAGGUUAGUAAAAUUUGAAGAAAAUUACAAAUUUAGAGACUAUACAAGUUCUAGGGUACCCUGUGAUAAGGGCAUGGUUGCAUUUGUUAGUGAUCUUAAGGAGGAGUUUAGGAGUGUAGAGCAUGUUUACGUUUGGCAUGCACUGUGUGGAUACUGGGGUGGGAUUAGACCUAAUGUCCCAAGCAUGCCUGAGUCUAGGGUCAUUAGUCCUAAACUGUCACAGGGAUUGCAGAUGACUAUGGAAGAUUUGGCCGUGGACAAAAUUGUCAACAAUGGAGUUGGACUGGUCCCACCAGAAAAAGUUCAGGAGAUGUAUGAAGGCUUGCAUUCACAUCUUGAAUCUGCUGGCAUUGAUGGGGUCAAGGUAGAUGUGAUACAUUUGCUAGAGAUGCUAUGUGAGGAAUUUGGAGGUCGAGUUGAGCUUGCUAAAGCUUACUAUAAAGCCUUAACAGCUUCAGUGAGAAAGCAUUUUAAAGGCAAUGGUGUGAUUGCUAGCAUGGAGCACUGCAAUGAUUUCUUUUAUCUUGGAACAGAGGCUAUAGCUCUUGGACGUGUUGGGGAUGACUUCUGGUGUACUGAUCCAUCUGGAGAUCCUAAUGGUACAUUUUGGCUUCAAGGGUGUCACAUGGUGCACUGUGCUUACAAUAGCCUAUGGAUGGGAAAUUUCAUACAACCUGAUUGGGACAUGUUCCAAUCCACUCAUCCAUGUGCAGAAUUUCAUGCUGCCUCUAGAGCCAUCUCUGGAGGACCAAUCUAUGUUAGUGAUUCUGUCGGAAAACACAACUUUCAGCUGCUUAAAAGCCUAGUUUUACCUGAUGGCUCCAUCCUAAGGUGUCAACACUAUGCUCUACCCACCAGAGACUGCCUCUUUGAAGACCCUCUACAUGAUGGAAAAACUAUGCUCAAAAUUUGGAAUCUUAACAAGUUUACAGGAGUUCUUGGAGCAUUUAACUGUCAAGGAGGGGGAUGGUGCCCUGUAACUAGGAGAAACAAAAGUGCGAGUGAAUUUUCUGUUCCUGUUACCUGUUUGGCAAGUCCUGAAGAUAUUGAAUGGAGCAAUGGAAGGAAUCCAAUUUCUCUAAAAGGGGUGGAACUGUUUGCAAUCUAUAUGCAACGGGAGAAAAGGUUGAAGUUAUUGAAGUUGUCAGAUAAUAUGGGAAUCUCUCUGAAGCCAUUUGAAUAUGAGCUAAUGAUUGUUUCUCCUGUGACUGUCUUGACCAAAAAAUUGGUCCAAUUUGCUCCCAUUGGACUGGUAAAUAUGCUCAAUUCUGGUGGUGCUGUGGAGUCUCUGAUAUAUGAUGAUGAUGACAAAAGUUCAGUGAGUAUAGGAGUCAGGGGAAGUGGAGAAAUGAGAGUUUUUGCAUCAGAGAAACCUAUAUCUUGCAUGAUUGAUGGAAUUGAUGUGGAGUUCAGCUAUAAUGAUCAAAUGGUCAUCAUUCAAGUUCCAUGGCCUAAUUCAUCAAGAUUAUCCUUAGUUAAAUACAAAUUCUGAAAACUAGCAUGUGAAGUUUCUUGACUGAGAUUCUUUUCUUUAUAUUGUGAAUUUUUUAGAAGUCAAGAUCUUCGGAUCUUGUUUGUCUGAAAAGUCAGCCUGGUUGAUUUGUACUGUUUUGAGCUGAUCCAGGAUGUCAAAAGA